GGCCAGACAUGGCCUUAAAUGGCCUGUAAUCCCAGCACUUUGGGAGACUGAGAUGAGAAGCUUACUUGAGGCCAGGAGUUUGAGACCAGACUGGCAACAUAGUGAGACCCUGUCUCUACAAAAAGCUGGCCAAGGAGCAGGGCCUUGGCCCAUGGUCUCAUAGAGCCUGGCCUGUUCUGGAAGAGCACCCAGUUUUUCCUUCUAGGCUACCCAAGCCCCAUUGAUGAUGGGUGAGAGGGAGGAGGACGACGACACUGAGGAAGCCUGGCUGCAGCUGCGGCCCAUGGAACCCCUGCCCUCCCAGUGCUGUGGCAGUGGCUGCUCACCCUGUGUGUUUGACCUCUAUCACCGAGACCUGGCAAGGUGGGAGGCAGCCCGAGCCAGCAAGGACAGGAGCCUGCUGCGUGGGCCAGAGUCACAGAGCUGCCCCUCCAAGCUGAACCCAGAGACCUUCGUGGCCUUCUGCAUCAGUGCCGUGGACAGACUCACUAAGGACACAUACCGUGUCCGGUUUGCUCUACCCGGGAACAGUCAGCUUGGCCUGCAGCCUGGCCAGCACCUCAUCCUACGAGGGAUAGUAGAUGACUUAGAAAUUCAGAGAGCCUAUACGCCCAUCAGCCCUGCCAAUGCAGAAGGAUACUUUGAAGUGUUAAUUAAGUGCUACCAGAUGGGGCUGAUGUCCCGGUAUGUUGAGUCCUGGAGAGCAGGAGACACAGCUUUCUGGCGAGGACCUUUCGGAGAUUUCUUCUAUAAACCAAACCAGUAUGGUGAGCUCCUCAUGCUGGCUGCGGGCACGGGCCUGGCCCCCAUGGUGCCCAUCCUGCAGAGCAUCACAGACAAUGAGGAUGACGAGACUUUUGUCACUCUAGUCGGUUGCUUCAAGACCUUUGAGAGCAUCUACCUGAAAACCUUCCUCCAAGAGCAGGCCUGUUUCUGGAACGUCCGUACCUUCUUUGUACUCAGCCAGGAGAGCUCCUCAGAGCAGCUUCCCUGGAGUUACCAAGAGAAGACCCGCUUUGGCCGCCUGGGCCAGGACCUAAUUAAAGAGCUGGUCAGCUGCUGUCGGAGAAAGCCAUUCGCACUUGUCUGUGGCUCGGCUGAGUUCAACAAGGACAUAGCCAGGUGCUUACUGUGCGCAGGCCUCACUGAGGACUCCUAUUUCCUCUUCUAG